UGCAUACUGUCCUUUUUAAGUACAUCUCACAACCAUCUGCCAAAGUGUGGCACUGGCAUGCAGGUAAACACAGUAUUUGUUUGGACGACUUCAGUGUUUUCUCCAGGAUUGGUAAAGAGGCAGAACAGGGUUUUUGGUGGGAGGGGAAGCACACCAGGGUGUAAUGCAAGGGGCAUAUUUUUCAUAUAGUGACACAUUUCCUGCUAUACUUGUGACUUAUAAAAGCAUUAUAUGAAAGUGUGUUUUUAAAAAUGCCAACUUUAGUUAAUAUUUUUUAUCAAAAUCUAUCAGAAAUAAACGCUGCAAUGUAAACAACACAGAACACAGUGAUGAUUUAAAUACUGUGUUUCUUGCAAGCACUUUAAGGCCAGUUAAUUAUUUCAUUAAAACCACACAAACAAAUUCUACCAAAAAAUGUAGCAACUUUGAAGAUGUGAAAUAAGGUCAGCUGUGAUCUAAUUCACUGUAAAUGUGUAUUUGUAGGCCACUGAUAAUCUCAAAUAUUAGGUACACAUACCACGAUUUGGUACUAUAGGGCCAGGGUGGAGUACCCUUCUAUUACAAGUAAAAUUGCUGCUCCUAAAUGCAGAUAAGCUGUUUUGUGUGAACUGUCGUGAAGUGCUUGAGAAGGAUAUACUAGAUAGUAUUGUAGAAAAGCAGUGAGACAGACACACCUCUGGGUUCAAGGUGUCCCUGUACUUGUUGGAGGCUAUGGUUUUUGUUCUGGUGUUAACAAGUUUUAGUUUUUCGACUAGCCGUUUCAAAGUCAGACAAACAAGUUACACACAUUCAACGAGAACUGACUUUUUUCUGGCAUGAUUUGUAACCCAGUUCCUGGGAAUGACAGGGGAGGAAACUGCAGAAGUCCAUUAGUAUGAUGUGCUGUUGCCAAUAACUUGAAAAUGACUCAACCAACAUUUUUUUUUUUUUUUUAAACCGGUAGGAAUCUUACUGGGUUGUUGCUUUUAAACCUUCAUAUCUAAUAAAUUAAAAAAAAAAAAAAAAAAAAUCUGUUUAAAAAUUCUCUUUUUGAUCAUAUCGCAUAACAGACCGGUUAACCAGGCUUUAUAACACACAGAUAUCAUGGUUCAUGAGAAACUUUUUUAAUGACCUUUUAUGUAUUAUGUUUCAUUAUUUUAGCAUUAGUAUAAAUAGGAAAAAAAAUAUCCUUGGUUCAGUGAUUCAUUAAAAAAAAAAAAAAAAAAAACAAGUGGAAUGUAUGUAAUUAAACAUUAACCCCCACCCCCCUACACAAACACACUUAUUAAAGCCUGGUUAUCCACUACAUCAUUAUGCAAAUUGUAUAUUGCUUCAGAGUUUACAUAGCUUACAUCCUGUUCAAUAAUUCUUUUCAUUUCUUUCCUUUCCUUCGCAAGACAACCCGAUUUUAAAAUGUGUUCAACUUGAAUUGGGUGUUCUUUAUGCAGCGGCCAGCUAAUUAAAGAAGAUCUGAUUAACCUGACUACUGGCGGUGUCUCUCUCUCUUACAAAUCAGUCCCCCCUUCUAUUUUUUUUUUUUUUUUUUUUUUUUACGUGGUCUGUGUUCUGAUGGCUGUGCAUGGCACUCCGAGACGAGUGCAUUGUGUCUGGUUUCAAGCAGGCGGACUGACCCGCUACCUCUGGGGACGUAUCGACAGAGCACUCCAGAGAGCCACACAGAAAGAGAGAGCAGAAAAAUAGAGAAAGAAGAGACACAAUAAAGAGGAUCAAUAACGGGCUGAGAACAUCUAAAGCCCUUUUUAUCUUUUUUUAAUAAAUAUAUAUAUAUAUAUAAAGACUAGUCAUUACUUCUUGGGGAAGAAGCAGCAGAAGCAGCAAAAAAAAAAAAAAUAGAAGGAAAGAAAGAAAAAGGCUGCCACCGAAAGGAUCUAAUACAUUUUGAAGGAAACGACUCCUUUGGCUGAGGAGAGAGCACAGAGACUCCUGGGCUGAUUAGCAUUCACGGCAGGAUUGAAGCUGUCAUGGUCUUAUGAGCUACUUUGAAAAGUUGCAUAGCGCAAGAAUACGCAUCAACAAAGCAUUUCAGUAAAGUAAUUGUAAAUGUAUACCGUUCCAAUGAAGAUCUGCAGUAGACCCCGGACUGACUUUCCUGAAGAGUGAGCUACAGACCAAAAAAAGACUUGGGCAGAUACUGUGACAUCAGUUGCAAGGGGAUGACCGAGCGCAUUCACAGCAUCAACCUCCACAACUUCAGCAACUCUGUACUUGAGACCCUCAAUGAGCAGCGCAACCGCGGCCACUUCUGUGACGUGACAGUUCGGAUCCAUGGAAGCAUGCUGCGUGCCCAUCGCUGUGUGCUGGCUGCUGGGAGCCCCUUCUUCCAGGACAAGCUCCUUUUGGGCUACAGCGACAUUGAGAUUCCCUCAGUGGUCUCGGUGCAGUCCAUCCAGAAGCUCAUUGACUUCAUGUACAGUGGAGUGCUGCGAGUGUCCCAGUCUGAGGCCCUGCAGAUCCUUACGGCAGCCAGCAUAUUGCAGAUUAAGACUGUUAUUGACGAAUGCACGCGCAUUGUCUCGCAGACCGGGGGCUCUGGGGCCAGGGGGUACCCCCUAAUCCCUGGGGACUCGGGCCAGGAGACGCCCAGGGGAACACCGGAAUCUGGCACCUCUGGGCCCAGCAGUGAUGCCGAAUCUGGUUACAUGCAACCUCACUCUCAGCAUAGCUUGGACCGGAUCUACUCGUCCUUGUACACCUGUCCCGGGAUCUCCAUGCAGAAUGGCACAGGAGACCAGUCGUAUUAUGGAGGGGGGAUAGUCGGUAACUAUGAAACGUCUCUGGAACUCCAAAAAGACCAGCACGUGCAAGAGCCUGCCUGGAUCACCCGCAUCCACGAAAGAACACAGCAGAUGGAAAGGUACCUCUCCACCUCAGAAACCACCCACUGCCGCAAGCAGCCCCGUCCAGUCCGCAUCCAGACCAUGUCGGGAAACACGCACAUUAAGCAGGAGGUAGAGGAUGACUAUGACUACUACCAUCAGCAGAGCACACAGGUCUUGGAGCGUAACGAAUCUGAAGAAUGCACUGAAGACACAGAUCAGGCAGAGGGUACAGAGAGUGAGCCCAAAGGAGAGAGCUUCGACUCUGGAGUGAGCUCCUCCAUUGGGACUGAGCCUGACUCUGUGGAGCAGCACUAUAUGACUGGCUUCGGCAGAGAAGGCCACCAGGACAUCAUGCAAGCAGAACAAACUGAACUCCUGACCGAACACACACAGCAGAUAGAAGUCAACGACGACUCCUCACCUGAGCAGAUGAACGAUGUGGAUGCCGACACAGGGGAGUCUCAGAGCGGGGGGGACAUUACCAUGGUGAGCGAGAAGGGUUCGCUACAGCCUGUAGCCAAUCCCACAAUAUCAAAGCAGGUGCCCAGCACCCAGCUUUACCUUCGCCAGCUUGAUGGCCUCACCAGCAACCUGAGAAUGCCGCUGACCCUGACCAGCAACACACAGGUAAUUGGCACUGCUGGAAACACGUACCUGCCAACCCUGUUCGCCACACAGUCGGCGAGCAGCAACAAGCCCUUCCUGUUCAGCUUGCCGCAGCCUCUGGCUGGCCAGCAGCCCCAGUUUCUGACUGUUCCGCCACCCAGCCUGCCCCCCUUCUCCACCCCGCUCUCCGCACAGCAGCCCCCGGGGCAGCAAGCUGGGCAGAGCACAGCAGGUGGCCAGGGAGAGAAGAAGCCCUAUGAGUGUGCGCUCUGCACCAAGACAUUUACUGCGAAACAGAACUACGUCAAACACAUGUUUGUGCACACAGGUGAGAAACCACACCAGUGCAGCAUCUGUUGGCGUUCUUUUUCCUUGAAGGAUUACCUUAUAAAACACAUGGUGACGCACACAGGGGUCCGGGCGUACCAGUGCAGCAUCUGCAACAAGCGCUUCACUCAGAAGAGCUCCCUGAACGUUCACAUGCGUCUCCACCGCGGCGAGAAGUCCUACGAGUGCUACGUCUGCAAGAAGAGGUUCUCCCACAAGACCCUGCUUGAGAGACACAUGGCCCUGCACAGCACAGGCAGUGGCGGUCCUGUGGCAGUACCAGUCUCAGUUCCCGUCCAUAAGCCUGAACCCGGAGCUUUGGCUGGCACCGUCAGGGCCGGGGGCGCUAGUGUAGGUGUGGAAGAGGGAGUUGGAGUUGCGGCUGAAGCAGGCUGCCAAGAGGGGACCACCUACGUGUGCUCAGUCUGCCCUGCCAAGUUCGACCAAAUUGAGCUGUUCAACGACCACAUGCGGAUGCAUGUCUCGGAUGGAUAAGUAAAAAAAAAAAAAAAAAAAAAAAGAAAACCUCUUGAGAAAAAAAAAAAAACGGCACUAGAAUUUUUUUUUUCUUAUUUGGGGCAUGAAGAGUUAUGAGUUAUAGACACUGGCACAUUAAGUUACCCAGAGACAAGAUUUGUUGGUAUUCUUAGAAGAAGAAAAAAAAAAAGAUGGUGGCCUUAAGGCAAUGUAGUUUGUUAGUGGUCCACUGGCUGGAUCCUGGCUACAGGCCUCUAAAUGUAUCCUUUCUUAAAGUGGUUUAUGUGUUGAACACUACAAAAGGCCUACUAUCUCUAAAAAAAAAAAAAACUAAAACAAACACGUGUAUACAUACAGUAGAAUAAAAAGAAUAUGAUUUAUUUUUUUUCCCAUUAAGACCUUUUUGGAUGAUAUAAGAGUCCAAGCUAACUGUGGUAUACAGGCCUCUUGAAAAGUACUUGGUUUGUACUUGGUUUCCUUUCUAAAGUAAUGAUGGUCACAAGUUUGCCUUUUAUAUAUAGGAUGAGUAAAGGAGCGUUAUCAUAAUGAUACUGGGUUAUUAUUUAUUGUACUCCUGCAUCCAGCUGGCUAAUGGUAUAGAGGGAUUGAAGUGCAGCUGCCGAUAGGUACAAGACGAUUAUUGCGUCAUUGUGUGAACAUGCUACUUAUUAACUAAGGAUAAUGGAAAGAUGGAAAGUUGUGUUUUUCAUACUUGUUUGAUGGUUCAGAUAAAGUUUACUAAAUAGAGGUGUGUUUUUAUACAACAGUGUUUAGGCAAAAAUGUAAGAUUGUUAAAGAUUUUUUUUGUUUAGUUUUUAUUUUUGCAUACACUGCCACUAAUAUUUUAGAUGACUGUUAGGGCUGUUUGACCUCUUCCAGUUAGAAAAUGUGAGUUUAAAAAAAAAAAUAGAAAAAGGAAGGUUUAUAUGUUUUGUUUUUAUUAUUUAAUUUUUUUAGCAUAUUAAUGUUGUGGUUGCGACAGCUUUAGACUUGUGUAUGCUGCCUGACCUGCUGUCACUUUUGAUUGCU